UAUGCAUACUAAUCAUUGGAUUUGUCUACAAGACAAUCUGUGUGCACUUUGUGUUUCAAUUAAAAAUUGCCAAGCAAAGAUUGUGUUAAGAAGAUGUGACAAAAAGGAAUUUGAAGCUAAACAAAUAGUUUCUGACAAUGAAAUGAUUGAUUCUCUUAUCACAAGUGAUGAAAUAGCUGAUGAAAACCAUCCUCAAGAAGAUUUGGAAGACCACAAGAUUGGCACAUAUUUUUAUACUGAUGUACCUAUUGCAAAAGAUAUUAUAGUUGUUUCACAAAGAGAAGGAAGUGUCAUUGAAGAAAUUGCUGCAAAUGUACAAUCAAAUGAGGACACAAACAUGAAUGUUGAUGAAAGUUCAUUUGAAGAUGUAGAAAAGAGUAUUUUGCUGACUGAUGGAUCUUUUGAAAUAUUUGAAAAUGGAAGUCAAAAAGGAAAACCCCUGCUUCUUUAUAAUGGAUUUUCAUAUGCAGUUAAACAAACAAGAAAAUGUAAUCGAAUUUGGAAAUGUAGUGGCAAAAAUAAAAAAGGAAAAUGUCCUGGAAGUGUUAAUGAAAAUGGUGGUAACUUUACAUUAGGCUCUAAACCUCACAAUCAUUCACUAAAGAAAAAUCUAAAGCAAAUUACAAAAAUGAAAGUGCAAAUAAAAAAAAGAGCAGAAUCAGAAAAAAAGACAUCUGCAUUGAGAAUUGUGGAAGAUGCCUAUAUUCAACAAGAUACUGUGUCAAAUUUUCCAAAAAUUAUGUACAGCGUUGUAUGGUAA